ACAGCUGUCUCUUGGAUCCGUUUGAUUCUGAAAUGUGUUGUUCACUAGAUGUGGUUGAUUGACUGUUUAGAAAUGAUAUAAGUUUCUGGUAACGUUCGGUGAAUUCGUCGCAGAGUAAAUUUCAGUUGGUGAUUUCAUCCUCUUGUUUCACCGAUUUGAAUGAUUAAAUAAGCUUCGAAUGUAGAUUGUUCCAUAAGAUGAUGGUGAAUGUCAUUUCUAAUUCGAGACCAUUGUUUGUGAAGAGGUGAUUUUGAUUGGAGAAGCAAAGCAAUCCUGGCAUGGCUCUAGUGUCUGGCAGAAGGUCAUCCCUGAACCCUAAUGCACCACUAUUCAUUCCGGCAGCUGUGAAACAAGUGGAGGAUUUCUCGCCGCAAUGGUGGGAUCUUGUCACUACUGCAGCAUGGUUUCGUGACUACUGGCUCAGCCAACAUCAGGGAGAAGAUAUUUUCCAGGAAGAGCAGCACGAUCUUCUUGAAGAUAGUGCUGUUGGGUUGUUACCUGAUAACAUUGAUCUUGAUAUCGACGCUGAUAUCUUGGAUAUGGAGGCACAGUACGAAGAAUUUCUUCAAUUAUCUGAUACUUCCUGUGGGAUUAAGAAGUCCUCUGGAGUGAUAAAUGAUGGCUCGGGGAGGAAUGUGGAUGCAAUAGUGAAGAGCCUAAAUGUGCCGAAGCAGGGAAGCUCCAAGCCCUCUAGGGAAGCCAUGAAACAUUGGGAGAAACCAGCCAAGAUUGUUAGUCCUGUGCGCAGCCCCCGGUUCAUUCACCAACCCCGUUGAAUCUCCCAGUCAAAGCUGCUACUCUUUGUACAAUCUUGUUCACAGCCAUGGCUCCCUCCCUUUAGAUCUUACUUUUGAAAAGUGAUCCAAGGUAAUGUAGAUCUAGUUUUCCAAGAAAUAGAAAUAAGAGACUUUUAAGAUUGACCAUGGUAUGACUAGUUUACUCUUUCACUGGCUGUGAACGAGGCAGUGAAAGAAACAGUACAAUUGAAUGGUUGAUGGCCCUUUACGCCGUAAUGCUGGCUGGUUACGGUGUUGAUCGAGGCUAAUCAACACUACUAUAAUACUCAGUUGUAAUAACAUAUGUAUAUUACUAGAUACAUUAUCAAUUAUACUUCUGGAUUGUGGGCUAGUGUCUUAAUGUAAAUUGUAUGUCAAGUAAAUUACCUAUUUUUGGGGUUCAUUGUAAUAUUUGGGUUUUAUUUUUA